AUGCCUACCCUGGAACCUGCGACAGAUCUGGACCCCAAUGUGUGGUACCAGAUCUCAGAGCUCGCUGUUGACACAGCCGAUAAAGAUUUACACGGCAUGCUUCAGCCUACUGCCCCAGGAGGCGAUCUACGAGUCUGGCCAGCUAACAAAAACUCCUACUGGCAAUUUCAAAAAAUAGACGAUAAGCCCGGCCGAUACCAAUUACGAUGCUCCGACACGACCGUCAAAAAACAGCUCUCAGUAUGCUACCGACCCGAUGUUAUAAACGAAAAGCGCCGCACGAGACCAUGCUUGAUGGCCACUGAUGACACCGACAAACAGAAAUGGGAUGUGUCAUUAUGGGGCAAGGACGAUACAUACAGGAUAACAAACGUACAAAAUGGUACAAAGUGGAAUCUAGAUUGUAUCCCCGACGGUCCAGUGUUUAUGAGCUCCAAUUUCGAAGGGGAACAACUUCGUCAACAAUGGUUAUUGCAGAGCGUUGGAGAGGUGAACAAUGACAUGUACUCGACCAUAUACAGCGCACCACCAACCGGAUCGACAGGCGAUAGUACUGCCACAACAGCCGGCACGACCGCUGGUACAACAGGCUCCAACUCCGAAGCGACUGCAACAUCCGACCCUCCAAGCAACGAAUCAAGCGACAAGGACAGCAGCAGUAGUAGUGACAAUAACGGAAACAAUGGCUUGUCCUCUGGUGCGGUCGCCGGCAUAUCGGUGGCCAUCACCCUCGCCGUUGUCGCCCUAGCUCUAGCAGGAUUCUUCUUCUGGCGGCGCAACAAGCGCAAGCAUAGCCCCAUUGCAUCUUCGGAUCCUUCAGACGACAAGUAUAACAACUCGCCUAUUGUGGUGUCACCAGGGGAUGGUACUCAUUCUCACUAUGCACCUGACAAAAUGCCUGAUGCAGCCGAGAUGUCACAAGAACAAAGACCUGCCGAGCUACCGAAUGGUUACCAACGACACGAAAUGGCAUAG